ACUUCAUUCUUUGUCGCGUACAAUUUGCACAUAACAUCACCAUGGAGAAUCCAGCUCAAGAAAUCGCCUCUGUCAUUGACACUCUCACCAAAGGCUCGCCGCAGCAGCAGGAAGACGCGCUCAACACCUACUUUCUCCCCAAUGCGUCCUUCAUCCACCCGUUUUGUCGCGUGCCGUCCUUCUCACAGGGCUCUAUCCCGCUGGCAAGGGAUCUCGACUCGCGCUGGCUCAUCCUCGGCAUCUAUCGCUGGUAUCGCACGCUGAGUCCGCGCAUUGAUCUCACAGUAGACUCUGCUGUAUAUGAUCAGCGCAACAGCACGUUAUUCGUCUCUAUUCGCCAGACCUUUUCAAUAUGGUUCAUUCCCUUCCAUAAAUCUUCCGUCAAACUGGUCUCUGUCUUGCAGCUCGCGCAGAGAUCGUCAUCAGAACCUGGACAACUGCCCGCGAAAAAUGGCACAGACGGUCGAUCGUCAUCUGCGCUGUCCGGCCCAGGCCAAGAGAGGCUGAGAUACUACAUUACCAGCCAAGAGGACUUGUAUCAAACAAACGACUUUGUCGCGUUUGUGCUGCCAUAUUUUGGGCCUCUAUUGGUGUUUUUGUGGCAGCUGUAUGCUACCGGCCUUUCUGUAAUUGGGUCUCUCUUAUUUCUGCCAGUGUAUUACUUUUUGAACGGCAGCGGUGUAAAAGCCAGAAGAGAGGCAUAGACAAAUUUGACUUCUGUUCUUUUUCUUAUAUACAAG